AUGGCUGAGGAAUUACCUGAUUGUGAAAAUACUCAAACUCAAACCCAAAAUUCUCAACUCGAAUGGAGUCAACAAAACACUCCAUCUUACAUUCCUACAAUAUGGGGUAGAUUAUAUUCCACCAAAGCUGCUAAGACUGGAAAACAUUGCUGGAAAACGGAGAAUAACCCUGAAUACUAUGAUCUCAUAGAACCCGAGUUUACCCUGGGAAGGGCUCUUAACUGUAACUUUGUUGCAAAAAACAGUGUGAUAAAAGAGAAUAUAACAAGAAAUGUCAGUAAACAACACUUCAUCAUAAGAAGGGACAUGUCCGAAUCUCUUUGUCCUACGAUUAUAACUGAUUUGUCAUAUAAUGGCACAUUUAUUAAUGGAGAGAAAAUAGGCAAGGGGAAUUCGCAAGUUCUCGACGAUAAUGACAUUAUAUCUGUCACUCACGAACUUGUUAAAAUUUUUAUAUUCAAAGACUUAUUGAAGAAUGAACAAGAUAAAGUACCUAAGGCAAUCUCCAAGAAGUAUUAUAUUUCUCGAACAUUAGGACAAGGUGCCUGUGGCAUUGUAAAACUAGUUUAUAACAAGUUAAAAUGUACCAAAUAUGCUAUGAAAAUAAUUAAAAAGAGCAGACUGACAAAUGGACAAAUGAAUAAUUUGAAUGACCCACAAAAAAUUAUGAAUGAAAUCAAUAUUAUGAAGUCUGUCAGACAUCCCUGUAUAAUAUCCACUGAGGAGGUAUUUGAUUCUCAGGAAGCUGUCUAUAUAGUCCUAGAACUGAUGCAAGGAGGAGAACUGUUUGAUAGGAUAACUAAACAAGGGCACUUGACAGAACACUUUACAAGAUUUCUGUUUAGACAAAUGGUAUUAGCCGUUAAAUAUCUCCACUCUAGAGGCAUCACUCACAGAGACCUUAAGCCCGAGAAUGUUUUAUUAGAGAGCAAGGGGGAUGACAGCCUUGUUAAGAUCACUGAUUUUGGCCUUAGUAAAUUUGUUGGUGAAGAUAGCUUUAUGAAGACCAUGUGUGGAACACCACUUUACUUAGCACCAGAGGUACUUACGGCCAAUGGACAAAGGUGUUAUGGACCUGAAGUUGAUGUAUGGAGUCUUGGAGUAAUCUUUUUUGUAUGCCUUGUAGGAUACCUACCAUUUUCUUCUGAUUACAAAGAUUUGUCUCUCAAGGAUCAAAUCGUAAAUGGGAGAUAUAGGUUCUCACACACUCACUGGAAAGGAAUUAGUUUGCAGGCAAAAUUGCUAAUGAAGAGAAUGCUCACUGUCCAAGUUGAAAGAAGAAUCACACUCAAUCAAAUACUGAAUCAUAUUUGGAUGCAGGAUCAUGAUGUUAUUUUGAGGGUGGAGAAGCUUCUUUCACAAAAAGUAUUAUUAAAAGACAUGACUCACUUGACAUUGUCAUCAAAAAGUACCGAUGAUGAGAAUGGAAAUCCAGAAACUGUUACCGUAAUAAGCUUAGUUGCGACUGGAAAAAGAGCGUUAAGUGAUAGUUUCAACUCUGCUGAACCUCUACCCAAAAAGCUCCGAAUUGGUUCUGGCGAUAAACACGAUGACAGUACAACAAGUAACAGUUAUUGUUCUGAUGAUUUAAUUAUGUAA